AUGGAGCCCGGCGUAAGUCUUAAUGCCUCCUCGCACUCUACUGCCAUGUGUUGGGCUGCAUCUGAGGGCAAUUUAGAAGCUAUGCGUCAACUGCGGGAGGAACAUGAAGCUGAUGUGAACGCCACCGACUACGACAAGCGGACGCCCUUGCAUAUCGCCGUAAGUGAUGAGCAGCUGGAGAUGACGAGCUACUUGUUGCAGUGUGGAGCCAAUGCGGAGGCACUCGAUCGAUGGGGAUGCUCUCCUAUUGACAAUGCGAUGGAUACACAAAAUGUAGCCAUCUUACGUUUACUGAAACGUAAACAUUACGGUAAUUUUCCGGUGUUCGAACGCAAGUCAACGUCAACUGAUGAAACGAGACAGAUGAGACGAAAUCACUCAAAUAUUGACAUGAAGGCCUUUUUUCAAGCUGUAAAGGAGGGAAAUACGGAGCAAGUGAAACGUGCGUGGCUCAGUGGCAUGGAAGUAAAUGUGACAGAUGAGCUUGGACGCACAUCGCUGCAUGUUGCCGUGGAGACGGGCCAAUUGGGGGUUAUUGAGUUGCUACUGUCCGCUGGAGUCAAUAUUGACGUGAUGGACGCACAAGGUCGAUCGCCAAUUAGUAUUGCACAGGAGAAGCAACAAUUUGUUAUCUCGGAGAUGCUGCGUGCGCAUCAGCAGAAGAAACUCAUGAGUUGUCACGUCAUGAGCAGUGAAGAGGAGCAGAAUAUCGCACUGGCGUUCCGAGUGACGAAACGAGGAGAUACCGACAAACUUAAACAAUUGGUGCCAGAAUUGGUACGACCGGAUAUGAAAGAUUACGACCUGCGAACAUUGCUUCAUGUUGCUAGCGCCGAAGGUCAGUUACAAAUUGCCAAGUAUUUAGUCGAUUGUGGUGCAAAUGUAAACUUGCUAGAUCGAUGGGGAGUCUCACCCUUAUCAGAGGCCGUGACUUUUGCCCACAACGAACUAGCCAAGUUCCUCAUUGCAAAUCACGCUACAGAGAGUGGAUUUAGAGCUACAGUAGCUGUCGGUCACAUCGACACUGCGACGCUGACUGGAGCGCUGGAAUUUACGCUUCGAGUCAUCACGCGGGACCCAUGGCUGAUUGGACAGGUGCAUUAUCCAGUACUGGACGACAGCAACGACUGCGUUCUUGUCACGCACAGUCUUUGGCAGAAGAACAGUUCCGUUUUCCGUCGACACACUAAAUCGGGAUCAGUGCUGUCUCGAAGAGCUUCCACGAAUCGGCCUAAUGAUACGGCAGCACUGCAGGCUGAUGCUAUUCAGACAUAUCGGAAAGUGUCGUCCAUAGUCAUGAUUGAUCCUGGCCAGGGUCACAUUGGAAAUGUCUUCAGUGGGCAACACCCGGAGUGGCUUGAUUUGCACGCCGCACAGCAGUCGCAGUUCUUUCUUCUUCCACAUGCUCGACGAGCAGGGAUCCAAACUGUCGUCUCCGCUCCGAUGAUUUGCAAAAUGUCGACGGUUGCAGUACUGUCUUGGUCCUCUGACCAAGCCAUGUCUGAAAACCAGGAUGAAUUGCAGCGCAUCCAGCGAGUCAUUCGUUCGGUAAUUAUUCUCUCCACCCUUCGACAGGAAUUGCUUGCUGCCGCCUCCUCUUGUAACAUCGGUGUGGGGCGCAUCCCUCGAUUUCAGUACUGUCAAAUGCUGGAUAAUGCUAUUACAGCGAAUGGCGAGCUGACAGACUCGACGGUUUUGCGCGAAGACUUGAAUGUUUGUGACACCACUCCGCUCGCGCUUGAAUGGGGAUUAUUUGACAUGGUUGACACGCUGGCUACCUCGAUGAGCAGCGAAGACCACGCAGCAGUGGUUCCAAUCUUGCGCUCGCUAGUGAUACUGCUCCACAACGGGCUCUUUGACGAUGCAUUGCGUGACCGCGGCGAUGGUGAGCAUCGUGAGCAUCGUGAGCAUCGUGAGCAUAACGAUCAAAAUUCAUCUCUGAAGCACCUGAUUGAGGAGUGCGAUGGCAAGAUUCGAACCAAGUGGGCUUUGCUGGGUCAUGUCAAGUAUUAUUUGCAGUUUCUGGAUGCUGUGAGUCCCACAGAGGCAGAGCUGUUCGUUGAUGUCCACGAGCUCUGUAACAAAGUCGAGCGAUACGUAAAGGAGCAGUCUGCGGGUGACGGGAAGGCAAAUGACGACAGCGUCAGUUCCAGUAAUACCGACGAAAAGGAGAUUGGUGAUGGUCAGGCAACAUCGGCGUCUGCACCUGCUGCAGCACUCGAAUGUGUUCUGUGCAAGUACAACGUUUCAGGGCACAUUCACCCCGGUCGAGAGCCGAUUCCAGCAACUCCUGCUUCAGCAAGAACGACUCCAUUUCAGGCAAAAACUCCAAAGACUCCACAAGGCGAAAAGCUGUUUGGUCACCCAGAAAAACCCAAGUCUCCUGUGUAUCGGCAGAUCGAGCGGCUGCGGGAGAAACUCGAGAGCGAGUACGACGCUUUCGAGCGGAAAGCAGCACUUGCUGAAUGUUGUGACGGAGCAAAAUCAGUCACGUUCACUUCCAGCGAUUUGUAUGAUGCCAUUGGUUCUGCGCAUGAUACUCCGGCCACCCGAAGGAGUUCGUCAGCCGACAACAACCCUCGGAUACAGCUGCUGGAGGUAAUCAAUGAGAUUAUGCACGAUACGUCAUGCGUGAUAACGCGUGACCACCUUUUCGCGUUGCACAAGUGCCUCCUUCCGGCCUCAAGCGGGCAGGCUGGCGUUCUCCGAACUAAUUUGGCUGUUGGAUACGCGUCACCUCGGAUCUAUCGGGUGUUUCUUCCAGCUGGAGAAAUUGAAGACGCACUGGACAACUUCAUUGGCACGCUUAACGAUGCCAGUUACUGGGAGCACCGGCCUCUACUCUGCGCCUACUAUGCAUUUGCAGUGCUCGUGUUCUACAUCCACCCUUUUCACGAUGGCAACGGACGUUGUGCUCGGUUGCUAGGCAACUUGGUAUGCAAGAAACUCGGCUAUCCCGCGUUGCUACGUGCUGCCGACAAAACGAUUCAAGUGGCGGAAUUUUUGCAAAAAGCGAUUGUGACGAUGGAAAUCAUUUGCAAUAAUCGUCGUCAAACCCGUCAGACACGGAUGCUCUCCAGUCGUAGAGAAAACUCCUCCAUGUGGUUCUAA